AUGAUAUUUGGAAGUUGGGCUUCAGCUAUUUGCUUGGACACGUGUGAGAGUUGCCAGCAUGUACCCUCAAAUCAUGAAAUACUUCCCAACAUUGCUGCCAGGCCAGUUUAUGGUGAUAAUAAGGACACCACUGAAGAAACUCCACAGCAGCAGAGUAACACAGACUUAUUGGAGAAUCUAGAGAAGUUAAUUGAGAAUGAUAUUUGGAAGUUGGGCUUCAGCUAUAUCAUGUUUAAAGAAUUCCGUAUGAUCAGAUGUGAAGCAAAGAUGAAGUCCUUUGAGCUUUGUAAUUUGCUCAGAAGAAUCCCAGAGGUGCAGCAAAAUGCCUUGCAAUUGUAUGAGAAACUGAAACACCACUGCAGAGAAACUGGAAGCACAUACAUUGAACAGAAGAUGCUGCUGGAGAAGAUGCAACAGUGGAAAAUUGCAUUUGAAGGGGCCUUGUUCCUAACCGAGCAAGAGGUGCUGAUAAAGGAGAACAACAAUGUGGCACUUCACAGCCUCUUCAGCUACGAAAUAGACAUUGCUGAAUGCUUGAGGGCCCUGGUUGAGGGAGACCCCUGGAAGAUCCACUUGGAUGUGAGGAAAGUUCUUCAAAGAGCUGCGAUGGAGAGACUAACGGGGAAGGCUUGUGACGCAAGAACAUCGACCUCAGAACAAAAUGACAUGGAGCAGGGGGUUGGGUGCAAGCAAAAAGAUGAAGCUCAGCCAGGUUCCUCAAGCAUGGACCACAAUGGAGGAAUGGCAUCCCACUGCGAUUCUUCCCAGUCCCCAGUUUCUGAGACCAUCAUAAAAGGAGACGACUCAUAUUUUGACUCAAAUGACUCCACCUACUCGGACAUUGAUCCCUCUACUACAGAGUUAGACCCUUAUCAAGUGCGAGCAGCAAAAAUUAUAGCUGCUUCACUUCUUACUAAGAGAACCGGUUUCACUGCUUAUAUCGUGCACCAGGUUUUAUGGAGUUUCAUGAAUGCAAAAAAGGAUCAAAGUGGAAAUCCACAAGAAUGGAUGUUCUCGAAGGUGCGGGUGCUGAUGGUGGAGGAGGGAAGCCUGGUGUCUGUUCAGAUCCUUCACUCCAUUCUCAGCAUGCUUACCAAACACUCAAAACUCCAGAAGUUCAUCAUUUUAGGAGAUGUGCGGCAACUGCCCAGCAUCGGGCCUGGAAGCACGCUGUGCGAUCUGUUUGAAGGACUCCAGAAGGUCCGUUGGGCCAUUGAGAUGCGGACCAACCAUCGUGCAGAAUCUGAGCUCAUCGUCAGAAAUGCUGUACUGUGA